AACAAACUGAUCACCCAUUUUGGGUCUCCCUCCAGUUGCAACUCCAUUAGCAAAAGGAAACUAUUUUGGGCGCUUCACUCUUCACUGCAAAUGUCAUCUCUUGGAGAAGAGAACCCCAACGAUGAUACCCUUAUGUUUAUGGAUCUUGCUUUACAACAGGCAAAGCUAGCUUUGGACAGCCUUGAAGUUCCUGUCGGCUGUGUGAUUGUUGAAGAUGGAAAGGUUAUAGCGUCUGGAAGGAAUCGGACUAACGAGACACGAAAUGCUACAAGGCAUGCAGAAAUGGAAGCCAUUGAUACUCUUCUUGAGCAGUGGAGAGAAAAGAGGCUUUCAACUUCAGAAGUUGCGGAAAUCUUUUCAAAAUGUAACCUCUAUGUUACAUGUGAACCAUGCAUAAUGUGUGCAGCAGCUUUAUCAAUUGUUGGUAUCGAGGAAGUAUUUUAUGGCUGUGCCAAUGACAAAUUUGGUGGGUGUGGAUCAAUACUGUCGCUGCAUUCAAGUAGCUCUGAGGCACUCAUGAGUGGUGGAGUACCACAGGGGAAAGGUUUCAAAUGCACUGGAGGGAUAAUGGCAUCAGAAGCAGUCUCUCUUUUCCGCAAUUUUUACGAGCAAGGAAACCCUAAUGCUCCAAAGCCUCAUAGACCUCUGACUCACCAGGCCAUACAAUGAAUAUGAACGGAUUUGGUGCAAUCAGAAUACCAAGUUUAAUUAACUUGGUCAACUAACCAAAAGAACGAGUUAUUAAAUAGUCUUUAAUGUUUGCCAAAAGGGAUAAAGAUGAAAAUUGGGAAUUGCAGGAGAGACGGCACCCCAGGAGGGGAUGUAGAUGAAAGUUUCUUCACGUACUUGAAAGUUUCUCUGUUUACUUAAACUAUUCAUUAAUGGAAAAGCUCUCUUGAGUUUGAGACUUGGUUUUUCUGUUUGUAUUUUGUUUUCAUUGCCAUUAUUAUUACAACCUAAUUACUUGCUCCGCUUAGAGCAUUUUUGAUGGGAGUCUGUGACUCCAACCAUAUUAAAAAAAAACGAGUAAGAU